AUGGAAAGCGUUCGGAGGUCGUACCGGCUGGACUUUUCAAAACCAUGCUUAAGGCAGAGUCUUCCGACUACAUCUACGACUAAUGAUAUUGCUGAGUGGCCAAAGGAAUCCGCUUCAGAACUGAAGUGUUUAGUGGCAAUGCAAGGAAGAGCUUACGAUUCAGGCGGCAGGUCUCUUGUGCUUAUUCUUCAAGGCUAUUUGCAGCUUGGAAAGCCGUCGCUGGAACAUAACGAGGCUUAA